AUGAAGUCGCAAACCACUGACCAAGUUUUGGAAACCAUAGGCAGCUUUGGUCGCUAUCAGAUCGUUCUUAACAUAUUUUUUAACUUAGCAUAUGCUUUUUGGUGGUCUGUUCCUGUGAUGGGAAUGGUUUUCAUCGCGGGAGAGCCUGGCUGGAAGUGUAAAAAUAAAGCUACCUGUCCCUUUAAUGAAACCAUUAAUCUCGGAGGUGACAAGUACUCCUUCAGAUGUGAUAUUCCAAGGAAAGACUGGGAGUUUGCUGAUGACUUCACUUCAAUAGUAACUGAGGUAUUCAUUCACCCCAGUAUUGCCAUAAAAGCUUAGGGGAGGGGAGUUACAGUAUUGUUUUGGUGCGACGAGUUAAGUUAGCAAGGCAACAUAUUCCAAAAGAGCCAAAAGAAAAAUUGUCAAUUUUACACCUUUGUAGUAAAUGCCAAUAUGACUGAUGGUUAGUAAAACCUGUAUACGAUCGAAUUAAUUGUAAGUUACUCUGUGGUGGAAAAUUAGAUUUCGGGAAUCAGGAACCCCAAUUGUUUUGAAAGUGUAUUCUGGCAGUUUUAAAGAUGCCCCCCUCUUUUUCUUUUCUUUUAUUUCUUUCUUUUCUUUAUUCUUUCUUAUUUUCGUUCAACAGUCUUUUUGCCAGUAACAUUUUUAAUGUAAUAAUGUUAUAUUUCUUUGGAUUUAUAGUUUGACCUUGUAUGCGACCGAGGAUCUUUGGGUUUCGUCGCGACCUCUGUUAUCUUUGCCGGUUUUUUCAUCGGGAGCAUUCUUGUUAGUCCCAUCUCUGACAAGUUUGGCAGGAAGCUUCCUCUUUUCAUCUGCGGCUUUUUGUGCUGUGUUUUUCAUUUUGCUUCAUCCUUUGCUCCUGUAUUCUGGUUGUUUGCUCUUUUUCGAGCCAUCAUUGGGUUCAUGAUCGGUGAGACUUUAAUGUUUCUUUUUCAUACUUAAUACUUACUAGUGAUUUUUUUGUACGAGGCACUUGGGUGGUAAUAGGUCAACCUACUAGAAAUUGAUACGUAAUUUACUUCCUCACUAACCUUGGCUCUGAAGAAAAUCCGAAGACAAUUGUUUAGUAUAAACGGUCUAAGUUUGUGAAAGUUAGGUUUAGGGGUGUUAAUUUUAGAGGUAUUAUUCAUUCUUUGUGUUCAAGGCCAAGUUGAUCAUUGCGGCUUCACAUCACGCCCGAAGGCAAGUCAGUAGGCAGUCAUAGGCUCGAGCUCCUCUUUGUUCAGUGCCAAAACAUGAUCAACCAAAAGCAUUAAUAUAUAGAUUUGGCCGGGGCUAAAAUCGAAGUUCCCAAUAAUAAAUUUAUGAUUUAAAUCAAACAAUUAUCUUGUAAUCCACAAAUCAGUUAACUUUAGAUCACAUUUAUGUGAAGACAGGUCAAGUGAUUUUAGAGAAAAAUAAUUCGCGAACGGUCCAAGAGUGAAACAAAUCUUACAUCGAGUUAAUAGCCUUAUGUGUGCACCCCCAAAAUAGCAAUCAUCUUCGAUCACAUUUUUAUGGCUCUUGAUCAUAGUAUAUUAGGCCUGGAAAACACAAGCGCCAAAUUUGCAGUGGGUCAAAACUGGGGUAAGAAGAGGCCAGUUUAGAGGAGCUUAAAGCCUACUAAAGAGACAUUUUUACCGGAAGCAAAGCAAAUUCUUCCGGUAGAUCUCAGUAAUAAAAUGUACGUAAAGACUGUAGUUACCAGCCGACAACGGUAAGUGGCAGCCAUGUUAAAGUGGGCGUAAAAAAAAGGCCGGCGGCGGUCCGUGUACGGUCACGUGAUUGCCAAAUUUUCGAGGAUGGAUAGAUUUACUUAGCUAUGAGACUACGCUCGAGCGCGCGCAAAGCGUGCGUGGAACUCCGCUAUUAUAGGUCUUUUUGUUUGAUGUUUAAAAACAUGCUAUUUGUUGUGACGUUUCCAGCUCUAAUCCUUCAUUAGAGUGCACGUUAGUGGAUCAAACAUGUGUCGUUAAGUCCAGAAUUGACUGAUCUUUUUUUCCCUCCCUAUAUAGGUGCGUACAGCAUCCCAUUAUUUGUACUGUUAACGGAGUUUUCUGGUGUACGUCAUAGAGGAAUGACGGGGGGUUUGGUAUGGACUGGUUUCUUUUUAAUGGCUAUGGCUUUGGCGGGGUUUGCAUACGCCAUACGGGAUUGGAGAACUUUCACCAUGGUGACUGGAGCCUCGGGAAUUCUUCUCGUCUCUGGCUGGUUGUAAGUACAAGCAAAGUGUCCGCCGGGGCAAGUCUACGUCUAUAACUGCGAUGAUCUUCGUCAUAUUUUAAGUUCUUUAGUGUUGUUGUUGUUAAAUGUUCAAAGGACAACCCUUUUAGUACGGUUGUUUUACUGCAAACAUGGAUAUGCCGUUAUCAGGAAGAAAAAUAAUUAGAAGCUUUUGCUGGUGUGUGACAAAUCCUCGUGCAUGGGUUAUUAUAUAUUCAUUUUUUUUCAUAGCUUCAUCCCAGAGUCUGUCCGUUGGCUUCUUAAGAAAGGACGGCAAUCUGAAGCAAGAACAAUUCUCGCUAAAGUUGCGAGAUUGAAUAAAAAAGAAAUGCCAGAGGUAGAACUGAAAAUGCCAAAAGAAGAGACACUUGGUGACUUGCGAGAUCUGUUUUCUUCGCGAAAAAUGGCUCACAGGACCCUAGUCUCAUGGCUUAUCUGGUAAGGGUGUUUUUGUUUUUACAAGAAUAUCAUAGUUGUACGUAUUGCUCGAAAGAAAAAUAAAUCAAAUUACUCUUGUUUCGUUGCUUAUUAAGAUACGUGGUAAGGGAUGCUUAUUUCGUAGUUUUCAAUGAUGCUGAGUACGAAAUCGUGAGAAAUUACGCAAAUGAAGCAGGGUGUUGUUCAGGAUUGUGGAAUUCUCUUAGCCCCUUUGGCGGGGAAUUGUCCACCAUUGAUGUUUUGCUUGUUCUUUGCUCAUUAGGUUGGCUGCCUCCUUUAUUUCAUGGGGUAUAGCCUUUGCGUCUCCAUUUGUUGGAGGUAAUAUCUACGUGAACGUUGUGAUAUCGUCCUGUGCCAGCGUGCCUGCAUAUCCAGUUAGUGCGCUCUUGACUCUAAGGUAAUUGAACUAAUUUUAAUCGAACCUCUUGCUCAGAACAACCUCUGCCUUGGAAUAUGCAAAAUGACCUUAUAUUUUGGUGAACUGGAAGAGCAUAACCUACAACAACAACGACCUUGAUUUGCAUGACCAUACAAACACAUACAGUAUUGCAAAAGCUAUGUUUAGGAAUCAAAAUUACAACACAGGGCAAUUACGUUACUUUGAUAAUAAUUUGUCACGAACAUCAAAACAAGCUGAAAUAUAUUUUAUGAAUUGUAUAUUGAUAAAGUAAUUAGAAGAGUUCAUCAGCUCAUUGAUCAAACCGUUAAUAGGUAACUGGGUAAGAAUGAGAAUGAGAAUGUUGAAGGUUGUUUUGACAAUACAAUUGAGGAAUUUCCAUAGGGAGGGAUCCCAUAGGGAAGCAAAAAUUUUAGUUACUCAGUGUUUUGGUACAUAGAUAUUCAGGUGCAUUUCCCUAACACCUCUCUUAGUGGCGCUUAUCCAUAGUGGAGCCUCUCGCACACGAUUGCACGUGUAGCGGAGCACCAUGGGUAAGAACAUUUGGAUGUUAAAUAGUCCAGUUUCGAGUUCGCUAAUGACAGCUGAAUAACAGAAGUGAAGAGGCAUUUUUUACAGACUUAGCCUCCAUCUGAAGUAAAUUUAUCUACAAAUUCCAACGAGAGGAAGACCUUUUGGUUACUCUGUGUAUUGCGUCUUUUCAAAUUUCAAACACUUACUUGUGGGAAUUUUAGCCUGAAUUUCAUCUGAUUACUUCGAGUCUUAAUUACUCCCUCAUCAACGUCUGAAUCGACCGGGCAGUGACGUCACUACUCCUUCGCUUUCAUUCAUGCAAAAAGUAAAACACGAUUUUCAACUGUGGGAAAUCAAGAAAUAUCGUUUGAAAAUGUCUACAUGAUACAGAACAGCUGACAGAAUUGCUUUUAUUACUCUUUUCGAUCGUAAUUCAUGUUUUUAACGUUCAAACUAUCAAUAUCAACUGCAUGCAGUACUCUCUUAACGGGUUGUAAUUCAAACUCGGUCGCAAUCACCCAAUGAAAUAAAUACAAACACGAAACACUUAGUUGAAAAACACAACAAUUUACUUUAAUUGAAAAGAAGCUAAUUAACGAAGAAAAAAUACAACAUGGAAACAAGAAAGAAAAGCUAACAGAAUCAUGACAACAUGACAUUGCUCUUGAGAAACUUUGCGUAAACAAAAUCACUGCGGAAACCACAAAGCGGCUCUAAAAGAAAAACCUAGCGACUCUCCGCAAUGAUUCUUCAUUCGCAGUUCAAUUUAGCUAUUCAGUUUGGAAGACAAGGACAAUUUUGCUGUUUACGAUGAAGAUUGUCGAAAUGUUUGAACUCCUUGCAUGCAUAUGCAUGCCGCCGAUGCGAUCCGCUGAAUAUCAAGCGACAAUCCCGCUAAACUUUCUCAUAAUUAUACAUAAUUAUGCGCAUGUUUAGACAACGAACCCAUCAAAAUCACUACCCGGUUUUCGGGUAGUAGUGACCUGAUCACCGAACAGCAUUAACGGCUGGUCGCUUCAGACGUUUGCUGAGAGGAGAAAACGACUCGAAGUAAUCGGAUGAAAUUCAGGCUACGGGAAUUUGUGAAAUAUUUUGCUUUAUGUCGAGGCUACCCUAUAUAAAUGUGUCGUUAAUGUUUGUAUUCAGCGGUAACUGUUAAUUCAAAACUAGACAAUUUUUUCCUGAAAAAAUCGUUCGUAGGUACGUCCGUAUGUCCACCCUUUCAUGUUAGCGGAUGUGUAGUAUCUUACUACCUUAAAAACCAAGGAAUAUACAAAUUGCGCUUAACUUGAUAUUGGACAUCCCUGUCAUGAUCAAUUGACAGCUGCCAUAAUAGGAUACCUGCUGAACAGUGUCAUGACUGCAUCGCAAGUCCACUUGCACAACUCAUUGAGGCGACGUGUUCUUUUAAAGGUCUUCGCUAACCGUUUAUGGUUUCAAGAAAUCGCAGGCUCAGAACACUUAAAAGUACUCGGGAGAGCUUCGCUUUCAGGUCUUCGCUAAAUCUGUAUAUUAAAGUAUCUGUUCUGGUCAAAAAAUGUUAAAAUAUUUACUGCACUAUAUUUCUGGGAAGGUAAAAUGCCUUGAAAGAAUUGUUUAUAUUUCUUUCAACUUUUUUUUCGAAGGGUUGGUCGCCGAAAAAUUCUCAUGAUUUCGUUUUUGGUGGCUGCUGUUGGUGCAAUAGGUGCGCUCCUACUCACUGACAAAGCAGAGGACGAUCAAGGUACGUCAUCAACUUAAAUCUCAUGACAAGGAUGCAAGUAUCGAGUAUCGUUUAGGAGUAUCGAGUUCCUUAGAAAUUCUGAGCUAUUCCCACAACUCGCAUUCUUUCCUAUUGUAAGUAAUGCAAGGCAAAUGAAUUUCAAUUUUUCAAAAAAUCGAACACUUACUCAUGUAUUGAGAUCCCCAAUAAAUCAAGAAACAGGAAAGGAAAGGAGAGAAAAGAAAUAUGCCAGAAGCCACUAUCGCUAAGCAACUUUUAAAAUCUCAGCUCCGUCCUUGUUACCCGCCUAUUCUGAUCAACUGAAUGCCGCCCUUAAACUAGGUUAACUUAGACUGAUUGCUACAUUAACACCCAACAUCUUUUCUCAAUCUAUCCCUCAGGAUACUUGGCAGGGAAAAUCUUCAUGUCUAUGGUGGUUGCCAAGUUUAGCAUUGAGAUUUCAUUUUCGUUGGUGUAUAUUUACUCUGCGGAGCUGUUUCCGACAACUUUAAGGUGAGAGACUUUACUAUAUCGCUCUCGGUUUUUGAUGCCUUAAUUGCUUUAGGGUCGUGGCUGAUAACCAAAACAUUUUGCCACGAGUAUUUUCGUUCUACAGCUAUUUUGCUCAUGCAACGAGACACUACAGAAAAGAUAAUAUUCAUAACAAAAUUUGACGGCCAACUAUAAAUCUCUGCAUCUCAAAUUUACCUUAUAAACCAAACAAAUUAGCAUAACAGCUACAGUUUUGCAUUAACGGUUCAAACUUGUUCUUUCGUUUUUCUCAGGAGUGUUGGCAUGGGAACAUCAACAGCAUCUGCUCGUGUGAGCGCCUUUGCCGCUGCUUACGCGCCUCUUUUGGUAAGUGACCACCCUGAUUGUCCUUAUCGAUUGGGUCUAGGGGAAGGGCCCUUAGGAAACUUGUGCAGUUUUAGCAGCCGCCGCCGCCAUCGUCGUUGUUGCUUCAGCUCCCUUUUGACUCUCGUUCCAAAACAAUAAGAAGCCAAGGAUAUUUUGAGUUGCGAGAGCUAAUCAAAACGUGCGAAAACUAAUUUCUGUCCACUGAUUUGGUAAAUACCAGGAGCCUAAUACUUAUAACUGGAAGCUAAAUCUUAAUGCCUCGACUGUUACAAAGGUUUUACAUGCAUUUUGAUGGGUCAAUUAUUUUUUACUAGUAAUAGGACCGGCUCUCAGCGACAUUUCAGGUUAACUCAACGUUUGCUUCACCUUUCUUUUUCAGCUCACCGUUCACCGUUUCUUGCCGUUUGGAAUCAUGGCUGGCCUCGCAGUUGCAGCAGCAAUUGCAGUUAUGACUGCACCUGAAACCCAUAACCAACCCACCUUGGAAAAUUUGUGCCUCGAUCAAAAUGAUGACGAUAAAAACAACAAAAAUGCUGAUAAUGUGGACAGCGAGAAAAGCACCUUGAUGUAAAUUACCUCCGCACUUCAAAUACACGUUUUUAAACCUGUUUAAACCUGUUUAAAAACAAGCUAAGGCUUUAGCACAUUUGCUUACGCUUAUAAUUGCUGUAUUAACGCGAGCCUAGUGUACUCGUUUUUCAAUGACGCGGAAUGGCGACCAGGUUUAGACCAAGUACAAUGUAGCAAUCAAUUAGGAAUUACACUCUUCUAAGUAAACGAGAAGGAAUAAUCGGGAGAAAGGAUGAAAGAAGGCGAAUUUACUUUUUGUUAAAGAGCAACGUUUUCACUACCGCUGUAGCCGUCAUGGAACUUCCUACUUAGGGUUGACUGACGUGUGGCGGGAAAAAAUACUUCCGGUCACAGUGUUACAGGCUUUCGUAGUCUUUUCUUAAGGUAGAGAGCUCACCGCGCGGUUGUACAAAUACUCAUGACUUUUAGCCAGCUCCACCUGAACUCGAGCCGAGCGUGGCACGCGACAUAAUGUCCCGCGAUCAAGGGAAGUCAGAUGUCAUUUGACGUUUUAAUGUAGACGUCAGCCGCGUCACUUGGACAUGCACGCUCCAUGGAAACGCAAACGAUCGCUCGUAGUGCUCUCUCUCCCUUGGUAGCGUGGCGUCCGGCCUGGAGAAACCAUUGCUCGCAAAGCAAAGUUUUGGUUACGUGGUAAGAAAGCAAUAUUUAGCUGUCCAGUCCAUCUAGAGUUUAUUUCAAUAUCAUUUUGUAUCCUGGUCCAACAAAGAUCGGGCUACAAUUCAUGUACUACUGCUUGAAUGGACCUUAUUCUUUUAAAACUGAUGUAGUAACUAGGUACUGUGUAGUGCCAGAAAAUAUCCUUACCCUCCCCACGUAGGGCAUUUUUGCUUUAGACCCCCCACCCGCCUGGAAUUUCCAUUCCACGGGGUGCCUGUCAGACCCUAGCACCCCCUGCAUUUCCGUAAUUUUCCAGCUUGGUUAGGCACCCCCUUGAAAGAAUAUUUCCAUCAAAAAAGCUGUUGCAUUAUACUAUUAGGCGAAAGACAAUUGUUGAUAAAGUGAGGAAAAAUAUUUUGAUUAGCGUGAAAACAGUGUCUAAUAACCUCAAUUUUGCCUUGUGAAGGUUUUCCUUUAGUUAAUAAUUAAGUCAUUGAGAAACAUGGAGGGGAUACCGUCCAAGACAACACUACUCAAGUUGCCCUGUGGAUGACCGAACAGUUGUUAUAGUCACUGUGUCGUUGGGCGCCCCUGUCAACUAUCGCCUAACGCUUCCACUACUUUCUUUACCCAUAUAGUUUUAUUUUUCAGUUUUACUCUCGGCCAUUUUGCCAUGUCCUGAGUGUGCGCUUUAGUACCGGUCUUGAGACUGAAACUUGGUAGCUCAUCAGAAAUUCAUGAUCAGAACUCUGGAAAAGAAAGUCUCCGACCAUAACUUUAAUUUGUCUCUGUCAUCAGUGAAGCGGAUAUUGAGGCUGCAUCCGCUUCUGGGCCCGUUUCUCGAAUGUCCCUAAAGCUGUUGUUGUUUACAUGCAAGACAGAGAUUUCAGUAGUUUUGCAUCUAACAUGAUAAAAUUAUCAGUUAAUGAAAAAUAUGGAGUAUUUUGCUAGCCAAAACCCGCGCCCCCCUUAUUCCUUUUAUUUCGAUUUGAAUAUUUGAUUUCGGGCCUGAAAAGUUUUUUUCUGAAAGGCAUUGUGGGUGGUUUUGAGUUCUCUUUUUUUCAAAAAAAUUUGAAAGAAUUGGCACGAAAUUUAAGGCCAUG